AUGUUCCAGGUCAACCUGACACUUCGAAUCAGUUUCACAGCCCAGGGAAGACCUUGCGGGGCAACCGGGGGUCAAAGCUGAGAAGGUCUCUUGGAUACAGGAUGGAUGAUCAGAAGCCACCUGGUGACGACAAAGACUCUGACACACCAGCAGCAGAUGGAAUUGUGUCCUUGGAGGAGCAGGGCAGCGUGGAAGCUGAUCCCUUGAAGCCACCAGAAGAAGGCCCUGCAAAAGAGGCAUUGGAAGAAGUGGAAGCGAAAGCAGGGCCACCCCCGACCUGCAGCUCCCCGCCCAAGCGCUGCGCGUUCUGCAACUGCAGCAAGUGGAGCCUUCACGGGCAGCGAGAGCUGUUGCGCUUUGAUCCGGCGCCUGGCUGGGCGGACGAGCUUUCGGAGCCGCAGGAAGGGAAGCAGCCUGGCUCGGCGGAGGCUGGAGGCGACGACCUGACCCUGAUUGGCUUUGCGGAUGGUGUGGCAGUGCGAGAGGUGUUUGAGCCAACAGGUCACUUCUGGGCUCAUCACUGGUGCGUGGUGUGGUCAGCCGGAGACUUGCGUUCGGAAGGGUCAUGGUUGAGCCUCGUGAACAAAGCUGUCAUCUCAGGGAUUGCACAGAAAUGUGAACACUGUAAGAGACGGGGUGCUACCAUUCCGUGCCAUGCAGAGGGGUGCCAGCGCCACUAUCACUUCCCCUGCGCGGCGACUAGUGGCUGCUUCCAGUCUAUGAAGAGCUUGAAGCUCCUCUGUCCUGAGCACCUGGACCAGGCAGUACAGAUGGAGGACUCUCGCUGCAUGGUUUGCGACGCCCCCGGGGAAUUGCGCGACCUACUCUUCUGCACUAGCUGUGGCCUGCACUACCACGGCGCAUGCUUGGAGAUCACGGUGACGCCACGCAAGCGCUCGGGCUGGCAAUGUCACGAAUGCAAAGUUUGCCAAACCUGCAGGCUGUCUGGGGAGGACAGCAGGAUGCUCGUGUGUGAAGCUUGCGAGAAAUGCUACCACACCUAUUGCUUGAAGCCAGCCAUCGAGAGUCUUCCCACCGACUCCUGGAAGUGCAAAAGCUGCCGUGUUUGUUCUGACUGUGGCUUCCGCCCUUCUGCCCUGGAUCCCAGCAGCCAGUGGUACGAGAACUACUCUCUCUGUGAAGGAUGUCAAGAGCAACGUCGCAAGAGUGCAAGUAGCACAGAGGCCGUACAGCACAGCCAGGAGCAAACUGCCCCAGCCAGCAGCAGCAGCAGCAGCCUCAUCACAACAGAUAAGCCAGUGUCCCCCAAACCACUGGAGGAAGCCUGUGCAGCCAGCAAGGAGCAAGCAGAAAGGAGCUGCAGCAGCCCGGUCAGUUUGCACCAAGAAGAGCAGGUGCCUUUGGGUUGUGAUGAGAAACCGACUGAAGCAGACAAGCCGUUAGAGCUGUCCAAUGUUGAUCCGGAAGCCCCUGCAGGGCAGGAGCAGAUGGAAGUAGAGACGCCAUUAGAGCCUGAGAAGGCCCCCUCUCCGCCACCCCCUCCCCCAGUGCCACCAGAUCCAGCCUCUCCCGCCCACCCCGAGGAGCCCCCGCUCGGUGCCAAAGAGCAUCCUGCUUUUGAGUUGCCGUCCGCAGAGCCAGAACCCACAGAGAGCCAUACUGAGGCGGCACCCCCAGCCCCGGAAGGGCAGGCCUCUCCAGCGAGCCCUCGGCCUGGCUCGCUCAAAGCUGCUUCCCCCCAAGCCGCCGAGGAAGGAGAAGCCCACGAGGAGCCCAUGGACACAGGGGUCGAGGGCCUGGCGCCGGACAGCCCUGCCGGCGGCCGAGUACAGCCUAGUCAAGAGGACGAAGAGGAGGAGGAGGAAGAAGAGGACGAGGAGGCCGGAGGGGCAGCUCCGGCGCCCAAGAUGGAGCUGGAGGAGAGAUUAUCCCCUCCGCUGAGCGAGGCAGAGGCUCCGGACGAGGACGGGCCUGCUGCGUUGGGGCCUGAGCCCCCCGAGGAGACCCUCGGCUUUGCCCGCGAACCCAAGCGCUCCCCUUCGCCCGUGGAGGCGGAGUUGCUGGGGGGCACCCCGAUGGAGGCCUACGGGGCUGGCCACCCGCAGGAGGGUGUGGCGAGCGGGGAGGAGGAGGCCGGGCCGGCGCCCUUGAGGCCCCACCACUUGGUGAAGUCGGAUAUCGUGAACGAGAUCUCGAACCUGAGCCAAGGCGACGCCAGCAGCUUCCCGGGCUCGGAGCUCCAGUUCGCCUCGCCCUACCACGAAGGCGGCGGCUCCAUGUCCCUGGAGAUGGCCGGCCUGACCUCCACAGACGUCAGCCUCCAGAGAGACGACGGGGCCUCCUUGCCACCGGGCGAGAUGGACGACUCCUUGCCUUUUGACAUGAAAGGGGAGUGUGAGAAGGGGCGGCGGCGGAGCUCCCCGGCCCGUUCCCGUGUCAAGCAGGGUCGCAGCAGCAGUUUUCCCGGGAGGAGACGGCCUCGGGGAGGGUCCCACACAGGCCGAGGGCGGGGCCGAUCACGGUUGAAAUCCACCACUUCUUCCAUCGAGACAUUGGCGCUCGCUGAUAUCGACAGCUCCCCGAGCAAGGAGGAUGACGACGACGACGACGACACGAUGCAGAACACGGUUGUGCUCUUCUCCAACACGGACAAGUUUGUGCUGAUGCAGGAUAUGUGUGUGGUGUGUGGUAGCUUUGGCCGUGGUGCUGAGGGCCACCUCCUGGCAUGCUCCCAGUGCUCUCAAUGUUACCAUCCUUACUGCGUCAACAGCAAGAUUACCAAGGUGAUGCUGCUAAAGGGCUGGCGCUGCGUGGAAUGCAUUGUGUGCGAGGUUUGUGGCAAAGCGUCGGACCCGUCCCGCCUGCUGCUCUGCGAUGAUUGUGACAUCAGCUACCACACGUAUUGCCUGGACCCGCCUCUCAACACCGUGCCCAAGGGCGGCUGGAAGUGUAAAUGGUGCGUCUGCUGCGUGCAGUGUGGAGCAGUCUCUCCUGGCUUCCACUGCGAAUGGCAGAACAACUACACCCACUGUGCUCCCUGCGCCAGCCUUGUCACCUGCCCCAUCUGCCAUGUGAAGUAUGUGGAGGACGACCUCUUGAUCCAGUGCCAGCACUGUGAGAGGUGGAUGCAUGCUGUGUGCGACAACCUAUUCACGGAGGAAGAAGUUGAACAGGCAGCAGACGAAGGAUUUGACUGUACCUCCUGCCAGCCCUAUGUGGUGAAGCCCGUUGUUCCGGUCCCCCCUCCAGAAAUUAUUCCAGUGAAGAUCAAGGAGCCGGAGCCCCAGUAUUUUCGCUUUGAAGGCGUCUGGCUGACAGAGACGGGCAUGGCGGUGUUGCGGAACUUGUCCUUGUCGCCACUGCACAAGCGCCGGCCGCGCAAGACCCCAACGACGCCAACGACGCCACGGCCGCUGGGUGCGCUCAAUGGCGAAGGUGUGCUGGAUGGGGUUGACCCCUUGGGCCCCGAAGAGAAAAAGGAGGGCGACGUGGAGGGAGACGAGAUCCUGAAAGCUGAAGUCAGCAUCGAACACAUGGAGUGCGAGAUCAAAUUGGAAGCCCCUGCUACCCCGGAAAGGGAAGCCGCAGCCGAGGCCGAUUUGGCGAAGGGUCUUCUGGAAGACUCUGAGGAGGUCAAGAAGCGGAAGCGGAAGCCAUAUCGCCCAGGUAUCGGAGGGUUCAUGGUGCGGCAGCGGAAAUCCCACACCCGCUUGAAAAAGGGCUCGGCCGCAUUGGCAGAAGCCUCUCGCGAGUCGACAGGUGCUGAGGGACAUCCAGAGGAGGGGGCUCAACCCAACCCGCCUGCUGAAGUCCCCGCGGAGGGCAUCGCUGAGCAGGGAGUGGUUGAGGGUGACGAGAAGAAGAAACGGCGGGGCAGGAAGAAGAGCAAGCUGGAGGACAUGUUCCCUGCCUACCUUCAGGAAGCCUUUUUUGGAAAGGCCCUCCUAGACCUGAGCAGAAAGGCACUGCUGGCAGCCGGCGGUGUGGGUGGGGAUGGAACUGCCCACCCUCCCGUUGGCCAGGGGGCUCCCAGGCCCAAGGUGGAUUUCAGCAUGCUUCAGAAAGGACCGGUGGACGGGAAAGACCCUUCGGUUCAGCCCAAAGGGGAUGAAUGUGUUGACAGCAGGGAGGCAGUAGCCCCAGAAAACAACUUGAAAACUGCUGAUGCCAAGACUGAAAAUACCGGCACAGAAGAGCAGAUGGUGCCCAAGACCUCUCCAGACCCUACAGGUGCCGAGAACCCAGCCACACCCCCGGGGGAGGGGGUGCUCAGCUCCGACCUUGACAAAAUCCCCACUGAAGAGCUGCCCAAAAUGGAGAGCAAGGACGUCCAGCAGCUCUUCAAAGACGUCCUGGGGUCUGCGGAGCGAGAGCAGCAACAGCAGCAGCAGCAGCAGCUCAACUGCAUUGGGGCGGAAGCUGAGGCCGGAGGCCUUCGGGACCCGAGCCGCUCGCAGCUGGGCCAGAGGCCUUUCCUGCAAGGUGGCGCCGGGGUCUCCCUUGGGCCCCUUCAACCCGCUGUGCCGAUGGAGACCUACUCAGGGGUUUGCCAGUCCCCAUUUCUUGAUAGCAGGGAGAGGAGUGGCUUCUUUAGCCCAGAGCAGUGUGAGCCAGAGAGCCCUUGGGCCAGCAGCUCUGCGGCGUCCACCCCCACCACGCCCACCACGGAGGGGGAGAGCGACGGGCUGUCGUACAACCAGCGGAGCUUGCAGCGCUGGGAGAAAGAUGAAGAGCUGGGAGAGCUCUCCACCAUCUCGCCCGUCCUCUAUGCCAACAUGAACUUCCCCAACCUCAAGCAAGACUACCCAGAUUGGUCCAGCCGUUGCAAGCAGAUCAUGAAGCUCUGGAGAAAGGUGCCGGCCCCAGACAAAGCCCCAUACUUGCAAAAGGCCAAAGAUAACCGGGCAGCCCAUCGCAUCAACAAGGUGCAGAAGCAAGCCGAGAGCCAGAUCAACAAGCAGACCAAAGUCGAGGUGCUGCGCAGGCCAGACCGGCCGGCCCUACAUUUGCGCAUCCCGCCCCAGCAGGGGGCACUGCCCACUGCGGCCCCCCAGCCGCCUCCUCCGCUGCCCCCUCCUCCUCCCGCCGCCUCUGUGCCAGGGCAGCCGCUCUACGUCAGCAACGCCGCAGCUCUGCCCAGCGGGUCCGGCGGCGUCGAGUCGCCCAGCGAGCUCUUCCUCAAGCUCCCCUCUUCUGCCGCCAGUGCCCAGCCCCCCGGGUCCGGCGGCGUCGAGUCGCCCAGUGAGCUCUUCCUCAAGCUCCCCUCUUCUGCCGCCAGUGCCCAGCCCCCCGCUCCAGUGCCUUUGCACGAGCCCUACGGCGUGGCCUGCCCCCCGCCGGAUUCAGGUUUCCCCUCUCCCUCCUCGGUGGGCCAGAGCCCGACAGUGCCUGCUGGCUUUGCUUCGUCCUCGUCCUCCUCCUCCUCCUCUUCCUCCGGACAGUCUCCGCUCCUGCCGAACCCUCGCCCAGCCCCGCAGCCCGGGGACUUCCAGCCCACCCCUCCGGGGACCCCGAGGCACCAGCCCUCCACGCCAGACCACUUCCUCAAGCCCCGCUGCCCCACCGGGUCCUUGGAGAACCUAUCGGUGCCCGGGAGCCCUCAGCGGGCCGCCCUGCUACUCUCGCCUCCGCCUUUUGGGGAGCUGAAGAAAGGGUUGGACAUCAAGAAGGAAGAGGCCGGGCCGGGGAUCUGCUCCCCCAGCUAUGGCUGCAGCUACGGCGACUCGCCGUCCGGUGCUCACCACCUGGCCGAAAUGAAGGCUCCAGAUGUUUUCAAGGCCCCGCUCACUCCCCGCCAGUCUCAGGUCGAGCCGCAGAGCCCGGGCUUGGGGCACCGGCCUCCCGACGCCCACCCUCUGGCCGCGUCUCCCCCCAGCCAGGCUGACCUCUACCGCCAGUCGCCAUACCCAGACCCCUACGCUCAGCCUCCCCUGACGCCGAGGCCUCAGCCCCCGCCCCCGGAAAGCUGCUGUGCCCUGCCGCCCCGCUCCUUGCCCUCCGACCCUUUCUCGCGCGUCCCCGCUAGCCCCCAGUCCCAGUCCAGCUCCCAGUCUCCCCUCACGCCCCGGCCGCUCUCUAAUGAAGCCUUCUGCCAGUCCCCGGUGACCCCCCGCUUCCAGUCUCCGGACCCCUACUCUCGCCCCCCUUCGCGGCCGCAGUCGCGGGACCCCUUCGCGCCCCUGCACAAACCCCCUCGCCCCCAGAUGCCGGAGGCCGGCUUCAAGCCCAUGCCUGGCUCCCAUAAUACCCUUGCCUCCGGGGGCUUCCCGGCGGGGCCACCCUCUUCCGAAGCCCCCCCUAAGCCUGGCCCGCAGCCCCAAUUCGCUCGCUCCCCUGGGGCAAGCGUCUUCCCGAGCACUCAGGCCCAGCAGAUGCGCUUCACCUUCCCGCCCAGCGAACAGCUCAAGAGCUCCCCUUCCCACGGCAUCAACAGCCAUUUUGCCCCUGGCAAGCCCCAGAGCACCAGCUACGUCUCCUCACCGGGGUUCCACCAAGCCGGCAGCCCCCUCGGCCCUGGCAAGGGCACCGCGGACUCCUACAACGUCUCUCCGCUGCGCCCGCCCUCAGCUCUGCCCCAGCCACCGCCACCUCAACAAGAUGGCGCCUUGGCCUACCUGCCGCGGACAGGCCUGGUGACUCCAGGUGACAAGAGGGAAGAGGGAGCGGUUGGAGCCGCCAACCGGGAGCUGCAGGAACUGCCAGCCAGCCAGGAGGGGACGAUGGGCAGCAAUGCCACCCAGACAGAGAUGGAGAAAGUUCGGCAGCGUCAGAGACUCCGCGAGUUCCUCAUCCGCCAGCAGAUCCAGAGGAACAACUUGAGGCAAGAGAAGGAAAGUGCAGCCGCAGCCGCCAACAACACCCAGGCGUCGUGGAACCCGGAGGGUGGCGGGCAGGCCUUUGAGCAGAUGAACCGGAGCAUGACUCCUUAUCCAACAGUGCAGGACAAAGGAAUGCUUGGCAGCCUGGGGGGCACCCCAGCGGGGAGCAAACUUCCCAGUGGAGUGAUGGGGCAAGGGCCCUACGUGCAGGACGAGCGACUUGCCCGCCCCCCUCCAUCAGCGACCCCUUCUACCAUGGAUAUCAAUGGCAGGUCUUCAGUGGCUGCCGCGCAGCCAUUUUAUCCCCGCGGUGUCUUCCAAGCCCCGUCUCCACAGCAGCAGAUGUGGCAGCAGCAGCAGCAACAGCAGCAGCAAGCCGUGUCCAUGCGUCUCUCUGUCCCUUCGCGCUUCCCCCAGCCCCCCACCCAAGACUUGAGCCGGCAAGCCCUAGCAGGCCUUGCCCCACGCCUGCCAGGCCCCGGAGAACAGAUUCAAGCCUCGACCGGCGCUCUGGGAGCCCAGUUCAUUGAGCUGAGGCACAACAUCCAGAAGGGAGUGCUUGGGAGCGGUGCAGGGCCCACCUUUGUCCAGCAGAACCCACAGGCUCGAACCAGAUUCUUUAUACCUGGGAAUGACGGUGCCAGCCAGGCUUUGAAAUCUCCCGUUAUGCCCAUGCAGGCUCCUGUCCUGGGAAGCCAAGGCCUGCAAGCCCAGAAGAUGUCUGUCCCUAUAUCAUCCUCUCCACAGCAGGGGGCAGAGAUGAGCAACAACCACCAUCCCCAUGCCAAGGCUGUGUCCCAGUUGAUCCUGCCCCCUGGAAACUUGGAGAUGCAACACAUCCCGCCCCGACCACUCUCCUCAUCCGGCCCUAAAGAUGUGCCCAUUACCUCAGCUGCCACUGACGCUGCCCCAGCUGCUGGCAGGAAUCAGCUAGGCCUGGCCGGCAGGCAGCUGCCCUGUGAGGUGCCGGUGGAGCCGGACUUAGACGACGACUUUGAUUCCCACAAAGACCUGGAGGACGACGACGACUUGGCCAACUUGAGCCUGGACCCGGACGUCGCCAAAGGCGACGACGACCUGGGGAACCUGGAUAACUUGGAAACCAACGACCCGCACCUCGACGACCUGCUGAACGGAGAUGAGUUUGACUUGUUGGCCUACACCGACCCGGAACUGGACACCGGGGACAAGAAGGACAUCUUCAACGAGCACCUGCGGUUGGUGGAGUCGGCCAAUGAGAAGGCCGAGCGGGAAGAUCUGCUCAAGAAGGAGCCCUCGGCCGGACCCUACCUCAAGGAAACGCCCUCGGCCGGCGUUGGGAAGCCGGGUGAGCCAAGGACGCCAUCGUUGCCCAGAGAGGAGGUGCCCAAGGCGAAAGAAGGGCUCGGCCUGCUCCACGUUCCCUGCCCAUCCUCUGCCUCAGGGGUGCCACCGCCCUCCCCCAUCCUGUCAACGCUCAAGGCCCACAGCGACGUGCUUGAUAGUAAGCUGGUCAGCCUGCCGGCCGAUAUCAAACCCAAGAUAGAGGAAGGCUGCCUGAAGCCGUCGCCUUGCCAGUUCAACACGGGCGCCCCGGAGAAGCUUCCUAUCAAGUCUGAAGGGGCCGAGAAAAUGGCAGCUGCCUUGGCGGUCAACAUCAAGCCCGGCCAGGGCCUCAUGAGCCCCGGCGGAGUCCGGCUGGGCAUGACGUCGUUCCACGGCAACAGCCACGCUUCCAUCUCUGACAAGGUCCUCUACGGUGCCCCCGGCCGGCCGCCGCUGGUCCCUGUGCAGAUGGCCAACGCCGGCAACUCCCUCCUGGACAAGUUUGAGCUGGACGGAGGGUCCCUGAGCCUGGCCAACUCUCAGCAGCACUCUCCUGCUGAUGACCUCGACAAGAUGGAGAGCUCCCUGGUGGCCAGCGAGCUGCCUCUGUUGAUUGAAGACCUGCUGGAGCACGAGAAGAAGGAGCUGCAGAAGAAGCAGCAGAUGUCAGCCCAGAUGCCCGGGGGCUCCCAGCAGCACCUCCAGGCUCACACCAUGUUGGCUCACUCGGCUCCCCCUCCCCAGUCUCACGACGGGCAGUUGGUGAGCUCCCAGCAGCAGCUGCAGUUGGGCAUGGUGGCCAGGCAGCAAGGGAUGGUGGCCAACCAGCAGCUGAUGCAGCAGCAGCAGCAGCAGCAGCGACUGGCUGGUCCCCAGCAAAGUCAAGUCCUGGCCCCGCAUAUGGGGGUGGCUCAGAACCAGGCUCAUAUGCUUGCCGCCCAACAUAGCAUCCAGGCGGCGCAUGGCCAGCAGAACCAACAGCAGGUCUUGGCCCAGAAGCCCAUGCCGGGGGUCCAGCAGCAACAGCAACAGAUGAUGGGGCUCAAGCCGCAGCAAGUCGUGAUGCAGCAACAACAACAGCAGCAGCAGCAGCAAUUGGCUAACAGCUUCUUCCCAGAUACAGAUCUGGAUAAAUUUGCUACCGAGGACAUCAUGGACCCCAUCGCCAAGGCCAAGAUGGUGGCUCUGAAGGGUAUCAAAAAAGUCAUGGCGCAGGGCACCAUUGGAGUGGCUCCGAGCAUGAAUCGGCAACAAGUCUCCUUGCUGGCUCAGAGGUUGUCCGGAGCGUCGUCUUCAUCUGAAAUGCAGAACCACAUCCUGCCUGGCUCUGGAGGACAGGAACGGAGCAAUGACCCAGCACAAGCUCGACCAAACCCACCCACUUUUGCACAAGGUGUCAUCAAUGAAGCGGAUCAGCGCCAGUACGAAGACUGGCUCCUCCAUACGCAGCAACUCCUCCAGAUGCAGCUGAAGGUGCUGGAGGAGCAGAUAGGGGUGCACCGCAAGUCCCGCAAGGCCCUGUGCGCCAAGCAGCGGACGGCGAAAAAGGCCGGCCGGGAGUUCCCCGAGGCUGAUGCCGAGAAGCUCAAGCUGGUGACGGAGCAGCAGAGCAAGAUUCAGAAGCAGUUGGAUCAGGUUCGGAAGCAGCAGAAGGAACACACCAACCUCAUGGCUGAGUACCGCAACAAACAGCAGCAGCACCAGCAGCAAAGCUCCGCCGUCUUGGCCCUCAGCCCCUCGCAAAGCCCCCGCCUGAUGGCCAAGCUCCCUGGCCAGCUCCUCUCCGCGCACGGCCUCCAGCCGGGGCCGCAGGGCCUAGCAGGCCAGGCCGGCUUGCGCCUCCCUCAGGCCGCCGCCAUGGCUGUGCAGCAGGGCUUGCCCUUUAUGGGAGGGCAGCAGCAGCAGCAGCAGCAGCCAUCGGGCGCUUCGGCCCCCAACAGCUUCUUCUCCAGCAACCGCCUGUUGCAGGAGCGGCAGAUGCAGCAGCAGCGGCUGCAGCUAGCGCAGAAGCUGCAGCAGCAGCAGAACCUCAUAGGGCAAGUGUCCAUGCAGCAGCAGCAGCAGCAAAGCCACAUGGGACAAAUGGCAAUGCAGCAGCAGCAAAGCCUUAUGGGGCAGAUCUCGGUGCAGCAGCAGCAGCAGCAGCAAAGCACGAUGGGUCAGGUGGGCUUGAUGAGCCAGCCCCCGCCUCCACCACCCACGCCCCAGCCGAGCCAGAAUCUGCUCCCCAAGCAGCAAGGGCUGUUGGGAAACCAGGCAGGAGUCCUGGUCCAGCAGCUCUCUCCGCAGCAGCAGCAGCAGCAGCAAGCCAUGCUGGGACACUCAAUGCUGCAGCAUCAGGGCAUGAUGGGGCACCCGGCUUCCCAGAGGCAAAUGCUGCUGGCCCCACAGCAGCAGGGGCAGCAGCAGGGGCAACAGCACCGAGUGCCUCAGCAGCUGGUGCAGCAGGCGCAGGGCAUGAUGGGGCAUCGGCUGCUUUUGUCACCACAGCAGCAGCAGCAGCAGCCAGGGCUUCUCGGGCAGCAGCAGAGGACAUUGCUGAGCCAGCAACAGCACCAGCCGCUCCUGGGCCAGGGGCCGGCUUCCCAGCAGGGCGCCCUGAGCCAGGGGCCGGGCGUGGGCACCGAACCUCUCCAGCACUUUGCGCAGCACGGGUCUCUGAACCAGCAGCUGCACUCCUCGACUCAGGGAAUGCAGCCAGCCCAGCAGCAGCAACAGCAGGGGUUGGCUGUCAAGGAGCAGCAAGGAGGGCCAGAAGGCGGCACGGCCAUGCUGCCUCCCGAAGGGGCGGACGGUGCAUUGCAACAGCAGCAGCUAAGACCCCACAUGGUGGGCCCAGAGAUGGGAGGACAGCUGCAGAUGAGCACUCAAGAGCAGCAGCAGCAGCAGGGGCUGAGCGGCCACGGGACUCCUCUUCCGGAGCAGCCGUCUCAGCUGAUGCUCCAGCAGCACGGGGAGCAGCAGAAGCAGUCAGCUGAGCUGGGCCAAGCCCAGCACUUGCUCUUGGGCCCCCAGCAGCAGAACAUGCUGGGCUCCCUGCAGCUACGGAUGCAGCAGCAGCAGCAGCAGCAGCAAAACAGCCACUUGCAGCAGCAGCAGCAGCAGCAAAACAGCCACUUGCAGCAGCAGCAGCAGCAGCAGCAGCAGCAAAACAGCCACCUGCAGCAGCAGCAGCAACAACAGAACAACCUCCUCCAGCAGCCAUUGCGUUCUCACCUGCCUAUAGACGGCAUUCUGCAGCAAGAGCUGUCGCAGCAGCAGCAGCACCACCAUCGAGAUGCAACUCAGGGCCCCCACUUGCUCAACCAGCAGAUGGAGCAGCAAGGCCAAGUGCAAAGGAUGAUGGGACAGAACCUGGAGCAGCCUUCCAAAGGUUUGCCGGGACAGCACCACCUCCAGCAGCAGCAGCAGCAGCAGCAACAACGCCUUCAGAGCCCAGCCGGGCCCUCGAAAACACCAGGGCUGAUGAUGCAGCAGCAGCAGCAGCAGCAGCAACAACAAACCAUGAUGCUGCAGCAGUCCUCCCCGCAAGGCCAAAGCAUCCUGUCCAGCCCUGUGAUGGGCCAGAUCCGUGCCCAGCUGCAGGGCGUCAUCUCCAAAAACCCUCAGCUGCGGAACCUGACUCCGCAGCAGCAGCAGCAGCUGCAGGCCCUGCUAAUGCAGAGGCACCAGCAGAACCUGCUGCAGCAGCAGCAGCAGCAGAACCAGGUGCUGCGGCAAGCCAGUCCCUACCCGGGGCAGGCGGCCCCCGAGCAAGGCCAGCAAGCUGCUCAGCACCUCUCCCUGCCGGGCGCUGCGGGGCAGCAGCCACAGAGGCAGCCGCCCCUGGCGGUCUUCCAGAUUCGUCCGGACCAGGGUUUCGGUGCCUCGGUGGAGCAGCAGCAGCAGAGGGUCCCGGUGAGCCAGCAAUCCGCUGUCUGUCCCCAGCAGCAGGGGAUGGUGAGGCUCCCCACCCCUCAGGCUCCCUCUGUCCCCUUGAGCGUUGCCGGCAUGGCAUCUGGGCAGCAGACGCCACUGCAGCCACAGCAGCACCCGAGCCCUCCAGAGCCAAAGAGACCGUCUCCUUUGCUCUUGGCUAAAAGCCCUGAGCAGCAGCCGCUGCAGCAGCAGCAGCAGACUCCCACUCAGAGGCACCAGCCUGCUACUCCCAGCUCCCUGCUGCUCUCCACCCCAACGCCCCCGAGCGCGGGAGAAGUGACUCCCGGGACUUGCAGCCUCCGAGACUCCGAGUGCCCCACCACCAAAGAGGCCACAGAGACCGGCACGGCCAACGGGCAGGUGGUAGAAGCUGCUUCUCCCUUGGCGGGAAGGGUGCCCCCGCCGGCAGGAAACCUUCCCCUUGUUUGCAUCAAACAGGAGCCCAAGGAGGAAGCCUCCCAGUGCGCCCUGAUGAGUGGAACGCAGCCCGUCAAGCGGGAGGCGAACGGGGACCCUGUCUUGGCCCCUGCUGCCGCCGUUCCAGCAACCACCAACAGCCUCACCCGCACCGAAGCCGGGCACCUCUUGCUGCAAAAGCUGCUGCGGGCCAAGAACGUCACUCUUGCGACGCAGCGCUCAGGCGAUGUCAACGGGCACGUGGAUGGCAAGAUCGCCGGGGCGGAGGGCCGGUUGCAGCCGGUACCAGAUGUGCGAGAGGACGCGCUGGCAGCCAAGAAGCCCCCGCUGCCAAAGCCCAAGCGGUCCCAGAAAGCUGGGGAGCGAGUCGCCAACUCUCGCAAGAAGCUGCGCAAAGAGGACGGAGUGAAAUCCAACGAGGCCCUGAUGAAACAGCUCAAGCAGGAGCUCUCCUUGCUGCCUCUGAUGGAGCCUGUCAUCACAGCCAACUUCAACCUCUUCCCCCCCUUUGGGAGCAGCCCGGUCAACGGCAAGAGCCAGCUGAAGGGCUCCUUUGGUAACGCCGCCUUGGACAGCAUUCCGGACUAUUACUCCCAGCUGCUCACCAAGAACAAUAUGAGCAACCCACCAACCCCACCUUCUUCGCUGCCUCCCACACCGCCCCCCUCGGUGCAGCAGAAGCUGGUGAACGGGGUCCUGUCUUCCGAGGAGCUGACAGAGCAGCCCAAGGAGCCGGUGCUGCCCCAUGAGCAUGAAGGGCAAAAGGACGCUCCCCCUGUGGAAGUGAAAAGCUUAGAUCUCCUCGCAGCUCUGCCCACACCGCCACACAACCAGACCGAGGAUGUCAGGAUGGAGAGCGACGAGGAGAGCGACUCCCCCGACAGCAUCGUCCCAGCCUCAUCUCCCGAGAGUGUCCUGAGCGAAGAGGUGCCACGCUUUCCCUUGCUGUCGGGAGCCAAGCCGGAGGUGGAAGAGAGACCCCUCUCUCCAGUCAUCCCCAUCAUCCCAAAAGCCAGCAUCCCAGCUUUCCCAGAUGCCAAGCCUUAUGGGACCUUGGAGCAAGCGGGAAAGGGGACUCCAGGCACGUCCUGGGAGAAAGCCAAGGGCAGCGAGGUCUCUGUCAUGCUCACUGUCUCUGCAGCUGCCGCCAAGAACCUGAACGGUGUCAUGGUGGCAGUGGCAGAGCUGUUGAGCAUGAAGAUCCCCAGUUCUUACGAAGUGCUGUUUCCGGACAGCCCCAUGCGGGCUGCUGCCAGCGAGCCCAGAAAAGUCGAUGCUGACGCGCAGGGCAAAGAGAAGCCAGCGGCUCCCAAGGGCCCCGAAGGAGGGCCAGAAUGGCUGAAGCAGUUUGAUGCAAUGCUGCCUGGCUACAGUCUCAAGAACGAGCUGGACAUCUUGACGCUGCUCAAACAGGAGAGUCCCACCCCGGAAAAGGCCGCCCAGCACUGCUACAUCAACAACGUUGCCAACUUGGAUGUGCGGCAGCUGCUGACCCUUCCCGAGGAACCCUCUCCGCCCCUCUCCCCGUUUGCACCCUCCCCGCCCAGCCCCCCCAGGGUCCCCGAGCCGGUCCCCGAGCCUGAAGCGCCGCCCUUGCCCGCUCCAUCACCUCCGCCGCCCCCGCCCUCCUCCCCCAAGGAGGAAGCCCCCCAGUCCCCGCCCAAAGCCAAGCCCCGCUCGCGGCCCCUGGAAGACGGCGAGGAGAACAAGCCGCGCCUGAAGAAGUGGAAGGGGGUGCGCUGGAAACGGCUGCGCUUCCUCAUCACCAUCCAGAAGGGCGGCGCCAAGCGGGACGGGGACCGGGAGAUCGCGGACUUCGUCGAGCGCCUGGCUGCCACCCUGCGCCCCGACAAAGUGCCGCGGGACUUGCGGAAGUGCUGCUUCUGCCACGAGGAGGGCGACGGCGCUACCGACGGGCCGGCGCGCCUGCUCAACCUGGACCUGGACCUUUGGGUGCACCUCAACUGCGCCCUGUGGUCCACGGAGGUCUAUGAGACCCAGGGAGGGGCGCUCAUCAACGUGGAGGUGGCGCUGCACCGGGGCUUGCUCACCAAGUGCACCCUCUGCCAGAAGACGGGCGCCACCAACAGCUGCAACCGCAUCCGCUGCCCCAACGUCUACCACUUCGCCUGCGCGAUCCGGGCCAAGUGCAUGUUCUUCAAGGACAAGACCAUGCUCUGCCCCAUGCACAAGCUCAAGGGCCCCUGCGACCAGGAGCUGAGCACCUUCACCGUCUUCCGGCGCGUCUACAUCGAGCGCGACGAGGUCAAGCAGAUCGCCAGCAUCAUCCAGCGAGGCGAGCGCCUCCACAUGUUCCGGGUGGGGGGCCUCGUCUUCCACGCCAUCGGGCAGCUGCUGCCCCACCAGAUGGCCGACUUCCACAGCGUCACGGCGCUCUACCCGGUGGGCUACGAGGCCACCCGCAUCUACUGGAGCCUGCGCACCAACAACCGGCGCUGCUGCUACCGCUGCACCAUCUGCGAGAACAACGGCCGGCCGGAGUUUGUGGUGCAAGUCAUGGAGCAGGGCUUGGAGGACUUGGUCUUCACGGACUCCUCGCCGCAGGCGGUAUGGAACCGAAUCAUCGAACCGGUGGCCUUGAUGCGCAAGGAAGCGGACAUGCUGCGGCUCUUCCCUGAAUAUCUCAAGGGAGAAGAGCUCUUUGGCUUGACGGUGCACGCUGUGCUGCGAAUCGCAGAGUCUCUGCCUGGUGUUGAGAGCUGCCAGAACUACAUGUUCCGCUAUGGGCGCCACCCACUCAUGGAGCUUCCACUCAUGAUCAACCCCACUGGCUGCGCCCGGUCGGAGCCCAAAAUCCUCACGCACUACAAACGGCCCCACACUCUGAACAGCACCAGCAUGUCCAAGGCCUACCAGAGCACGUUCACAGGCGAAACCAACACACCAUACAGCAAGCAGUUUGUGCACUCCAAGUCCUCCCAGUACCGCCGCCUCAAGACGGAAUGGAAGAACAACGUCUAUCUGGCCCGCUCCCGCAUCCAAGGGCUCGGACUCUACGCUGCCAAGGAUCUAGAGAAGCACACGAUGGUCAUUGAGUACAUUGGCACCAUCAUCCGCAACGAGGUGGCCAACCGGCGAGAGAAGAUCUACGAGGAGCAGAACCGAGGGAUCUACAUGUUCCGUAUCAACAAUGAGCACGUCAUUGAUGCCACACUGACAGGUGGCCCUGCCAGGUACAUCAAUCACUCCUGCGCACCCAACUGUGUGGCUGAGGUGGUGACUUUUGACAAGGAGGACAAGAUCAUAAUCAUCUCGAGUCGCCGGAUACCUAAGGGAGAGGAGCUGACCUACGACUACCAGUUUGAUUUUGAAGACGAUCAGCACAAAAUCCCGUGCCAUUGCGGAGCCUGGAACUGCAGGAAAUGGAUGAACUAAACCCCAAGGAGGCUCUUCGGACAAAGCAAAGGGGGAGACCCCGACUGCUCGGCACAAGAGGCUCUGCACAGAGAGGAGGUGCUGCUGCUGUACCAGCUCUCCUAACCCUCCUUCGGCGCAGGGAAAUCACCCGGGGGGGGCCAAAACGAGGCAUGUUGGGAAGCCACCAACAUGCUGGUGGGGCAGCUGGGGCCCAAGACAAGAGAGGGGUGAUGUCAGCAUAUCUGCCACUGCUUGCCAGUCUUGGCUAUGGUAUUAUCAUCAAGCUGGCUGCUUUCGGCUGUCAGGCUCAGCGGCCUCCUCUUCCAGACAAGGCGACCUGCUUCUCCCCAGCAGAAAGAAGCAGCCACUAAGCAGCCCCAUCCGGGGCGGGGAACUGACAAACUGGCAACUCAGGGUUUUCUUUUAGUUUUUCUUUUGCUUUUUUUAAAAAUAAAAA